AACAGAAGACAGGUUUUCAGUUGCUGUGGCAGCUUUCAAUUGGCCACUGGAUCAAAGAGCCGAAGAGAUCGUAGCAGCAGUGAACCCAGACUUCUUUCAAAACCUCCCUUGGGAGUUGAGUUGAGACUUAAGACACAAAAACCCAGAGAAAAAGGUGACUGGCAUCACUCUCAUCUCACUCUCAUUUAACAUCAUAUUGGAAUUUAAAAUCUCCAGUUCGAUAGAGAUGGACAUGGAACUUUUUCGUACAAGAAAAAGAGAACCAAUGAAUUCUCUAUCUGUAUUCACUCAUUCUGAGAUUAUGGAAAUGGAAAAUUUAAUUAAGCACGCAGGACAACAGUCGCUUAGUCAGGAGUUUUUCCAAGAUCUUGCAACGAGUUUCAGUUGCACUCCAAUCCGUGCUGGAAAACCUGAUAUAACUUGGGAACAGGUUCAAAGUUGGUUCCAGAACAAACAAAAAGAGUUGCAAGCUAAUAGCAAUUCCUCACCUACUGCGCUCGAGUUAUUUGUUGAUCUUUCAGAUUCAAAUGUUUCAAGCAAUGCAACUGAAAACUCUCAGAAGCCAAAAGGUAAAUGGAGCACAGAACUCCAUGAGUUGGCAUUUGAAGCACGAUCAGCAAAAGACGAUGCAUGGUAUGAUGUUGCUUCAUUCCUCUCGUACAGAGUUGUUAAUUCAGGAGAACUUGAAGUUCGGGUGCGAUAUUCUGGCUUCGGUAGGGAGGAUGAUGAGUGGGUGAAUGUGACAAGAGCAGUGCGUGAGCGGUCUAUUCCUUUAGAAGCCUCUGAGUGUCAUAAGGUGAAGGUUGGAGACCUAGUGCUAAGCUUCCAGGAAAGGGAACAUCAAGCUGUCUACUGUGAUGCCCAUGUUGUGGAUAUCCAAAGGGGGCUACACGACGUAACAGGCUGCAAGUGCAUCUUUGUUGUUCGAUUUGACCAUGAUAACACCGAGGAAGAAAUUCAGCUGAGGAGGUUAUGUAUCAGGCCUGCACAAAUCACUUCAGCUGUUACUAAUACCCAGCAACAUGACCUAUUUAGAAAUAAAGACAUGAAAUUCUCUUUUCUUUAUUGAAAUGUAGCACCGGAGAUGUUUAUAAAUUUUUUGAGAGUUCAAUUUUACUUGACAUCAGAAUUAGCUACCAAAAAGCUAGUUGGCUUUUCAUUUUGUUAUAGCUAACAGAUGAGAGUUGUGAUCAUUUGGGAACUCAUCCCAAAAUUCUUAUAAAAAAAAACGAUUAGAAAUGUUCAAAUGUA